CACCCUCGCUGAUCAGCCCACAAGUACAGCAACACUCACCACCUCACCGAGUGAGAAGAGCAAGCAAGGUAAACCACAGCGCGUUUCAGCCAGGAGGGCUUGAUCGGAUCGGAUCGAUGGCCAGCUGCGGCAAGGACGAGGACGGGGUGCGCAAGAUCGGGGUGGCCAUGGACUACUCGCCCAGCAGCAAGCGGGCGCUGGAGUGGGCCAUCCGGAACCUGCUCCGCCGGGGCGACACCCUCGUCGUCCUCGUCGUCCAGCACUCCACCGGGGACGAGGCCAAGCGCGCCGCCCUCUGGGCCAAGUCAGGAUCCCCGCUGAUCCCUCUGUCGGAGUUCCGGGAGCCGGCCGUGAUGCAGACCUACGGCGUCAAGUGCGACGCCGAGGUGCUCGACAUGCUCGACACCGCCGCGCGCCAGCUGGAGCUCAAGGUGGUGGCCAAGAUAUACUGGGGCGACGCCAGGGAGAAGCUCUGCGAGGCGGUCGAGGAGCAGAGGAUCGACACCAUCGUCAUGGGCAGCCGCGGCCUCGGCACCAUCCAGAGGAUCCUUCUGGGAAGUGUGACAAACUACGUGCUGUCGAACGCGUCGUGCCCUGUGACAGUCAUCAAGGAGAAGUGUUAGGUUCGCCAGCGAAGUGAACCAGGAUGCAUGCUUGGGGUUGUGUGGGUAAAGAGCAUCGUGAUGUGCAUCCGAAUAAUGUAUGGAGCCGCUUGUGUUGUUUGUAAUUUCGCAGCUUUGGCACAUUCGGAAACAUUUCAUGCUGGUGUGUGCCAUUGCCAUUUGAGGAUUCAGAUUCAGUAAACUAUCGUUUUUAAGCCAACAGUGAGCUAUCGUC